CUCUUUCUGCAGAGAUGAGCGAGCGAGGGGAGAUGGCCGGAGGGGAAAGGAUCAGUUGCAGCUCCUGAGAACAGCUUGGAGCCUGAAGGUUGUUGUGGCAAGAUCGAGCGAUGAGCCAAGUGGAGCUGAUCUGGGGCGCCUUCUCCUUGAUGUUCUUAGGAGCCUUGGUCAGCAUGUGCAUGAAAUGCCAACGGACAGGAGGGAGACAGGAGCAGACAGGCCUGGACAGUCAGAGGAAUCAUUAUGCAGAGCAGCAGAGGUUUGAGGCGGUCCGCUCCUGUUCAAUGUCGAGACAUGACUGUCCAAAAAUCCCGUGUGACUUGCCAGGACAAAGCAAAAGAAGCAAACAUCCCGCCCUUGCAAGUCCCCUUCAAGCCUGCCCUGAGCCCAGGUAUCAAAAUAUUGAAAAAGUGCUGCAAAUAGAGCAAGAUCCUGCAUAUGUCAAACCAAUUGCGGCAGAUAUUUAUUACAACUGUGGGAGUUUCUUAAGGCAAUCUAGUGAUGACGAUAUCCACUCUUAUCACAACGUGGCUGGCCCAUCAAGAAGCAGCGGGCUUGUCUUGGCAGAUGUGGAUGUCUAUGAAAACAGUACGACGAUACAGAUAUGGAAGCGCUCGCAGAUCGCAGAAGACUCUGACGACGAUGAACCAGAUUACAUCAAUUCAAAUCCAAACUGCAGGUUUCCUGCCUAAGAGCUGGCGAAAAGAGCUUCCGCAGUUGUUCAUUCUACAGUCCAGGGAACCUUGCAGCUAGUUCCUACCUUGCAGUUCAACUUCAAGCAAAUGCAGUGAUGUGCGCCUCACCAGGGCGGGCCACUCUCCAAAAAGAGUCAACUGGAAAGUGUUUGUGUGUGUUGAGAGAGAGAGAGAGAGGGAGAGAGAUUGUUCAUAAAUGAAGUACGAGCAAAUGGCAAUCUACAUUUCAUUUUCUUGCUUUAUUGGUUCUGUCUGUUAGCCAGAGCGAAGUCUAUUGUAUUCUAAGCAGUUUAGAAAAUAAAAGAAGCAAUCGACCCCCGUGUAUCAUUCACAAGAGAUUUAACAGUUCUGCUGGUGGGGGUGGGGGGGGGAAUGUGUCCCAACAUAAUCUGGGAAGUUGAGGUUACUCCAG